GGGCGAUAUUCACAUCAUAACAAAAUAACCUCACUUUUUACAAAACGUGUCAAAAUUGGCAAAAAUGCCUUCCCAUCUCAAGUUUGACGAUGAAGAAUACAACCCUUCAGACUCUGAAGAUGAUUACACUGAAAAAGAAAAGGGAUUAUUAAAGAAAGUCAGAAACAGAAAACGUAAAGAUUCAGAGAGUGAAGAUGAAGUCCUGGGUGUAGGCGCUGACGAUAGUGAUGAAGAUCAAAGCGAUAUAGCGCUAAGCGAUGUGGAAGGUCAAGAAGAUGAUGAUUUACCAAAUGAAAGAGCAUGGGGUAAAGAUAGAAGAAAGUAUUAUUCCACAGAUUAUGUAGAUGCAGAUUAUGGCGGUUUUGAUGGGAAAGAUGCCCAUUUGGCUGAAUUGGAAGAAGAGGAAGCCAAGAAUUUGCAAAAACAGCUAGCAGAACAGCUCGAUGAUGAUGAUUUUUCACUUGACAUUUUUACAAAGAAAUCCGACGAAGACAAGAAGAAAAUAGAAGAAGUGGUAAAAACUGACAUUUCUAAAUUGUCCAAAAGGCAAAAGCUGCAAAUAUUGGAGAAAGAAUCGCCUGAAUUUUUUGGCUUAAUUGAGGAUUUUGAAGAAAAAAUUUUGAUUGCCAAGGAAUUAUUAAACCCUGUAAUACAGAAAUACAAAAAAGGACAAAUACCAAACUGUGGGGCUAUAGAUUUUGUUCAGACUCAUUAUGAGUUAAUUUUAAAUUAUGCUACAAACAUAUACAUGUAUUUACUGCUGAAAUCCUCAAGAGUAAAUGUUGAAAACCAUCCAGUUGCCAAACGGUUAUACCAAUAUAGGCAACUUUUAACACAACUUGAAAGUACUUUCGAAGAAAUUAUUAAACCACAAAUUGAAGUUUUACUACUUGAAGAGGAGGAACAAAAAACUAUGAAAUCAAAUCAAAAGAAAACUUUACAAAUCCUAAACAAAAUAAAUAAAAGAACUGCACCAAAACCAAACAAGAAAAAAUCUGUGAACUUUGCUGAUGAACAACCAAGUAAAAAACAAAAAUUGGAGAAGGAAAAUGAAGAAGAAGAAACUGAACAAAAUGAAGAAAUGGAGGUGGAAGAAAACCAAGAAAAUGAAUUGGAAAGGAGAAAAAUUACCUACCAAAUGGAGAAAAACAAGGGAUUAACCCCACACAGAAAAAAGGAGCUGAGAAAUCCAAGAGUCAAACAUCGACAGAAGUUCAGAAAGGCUGUUAUACGCAGAAAGGGAGCUGUCCGUGAACCAAGAAAGGAAUUAUCGAGAUAUGGUGGAGAAAUAUCAGGAAUUAAAGCAACAGUAUCUAAGAGUAUAAAAAUUAAAUAAAAAUAUUUUAUUGUUAAAAUAAAG